AUGACAGAUGACUGUUGGUUUUACAAGGUGAGUAUCCCUCGCUCCGCGCUGCUGCUGCCGCGCACCUACAAGGCUCAUCGCAGGAGCAGCUUCGACCCGUCAGACAGCCUGGCUCUGCCCUCUCAUUGUCUGUCUGGUUGGUCAAACACAGUUCAAAGUACUGCAGCUGCUCAGAGUAACCUCGAUCUGAGGAGCAGCGUGGACACAGAGAAGGAACCUGAAAACCAGGAUCUAAAGGAGAACACCAUAGAGAUUUAA